CAAGGGCAUACGAGAGAUACAAAGGAAUCCAGCAGGAGACAGUGUGCUGACCAUGAUGCCGCCGAAGAAAAACUACAGCUACACCAACUUGGCAGAUACACCACAGCAUGGGGAGAUCAUCGAGUCCUCUUACCUGCUGGCAGAAAAGGGCCCCAAGUCAAUUUGGACCAAGGUGCUGGAAAUGGUGGUGCUCGUGGCCACUAUCGGUGGAUGCGCGUACCUGGUGGUGUUCCUGUUCCACCACGCCAACCAUCACGAUUCCGCGACAGCAAAGGACUCGGCAUCGCACCCGCACCCUCCGGUAGGGGCUAGCUCUUCCACGUCGCAAGACCCUGCGUCUUGCAACAGUAACUCCAAGUGCGCAGAGCUAGAGCUGAAUGGCUUUUGUUGCCCUACUGCGAAGGGCGACUAUCUGGCGUGCUGCUUCGAGAACUAAUGGGCGGCAGUUUAUCUGGCCGGCACCCUCGAUGUAGCCCUGCCGGCACGGAAGGCGGCCCCCAAUCAGCGAGCUUAUAGUUGGUAACCCGAUAGACACCCCCCCCGUUGGCGGAGGUGUGUACCAUUUUAGGUUCCAUAUCGCCAUGUACAAUUUUGUAGCGCAAGGCCACCGGCUUUGUCAGUCCUCUGCGGCGGGAUUUCGAAUUCGCUCAACUUUUUCGGUUCAUUUGUUGUUGUUGUUGCGGCGAUUGUGAGCAGGUCCCGUCGUGGCUAGAUUUUGGUUAUUUUUCAGUAGAUAUAUAGACGAGUCCCUAUGUUGUUGCUACUGUUCUUCGCAAGGGGUUGCAGUGGGUCAUGAGGCAUUCGUUACCGAUUUUCUCGUGGCGUGGGUGAAGCCUGCAGAGGAAUGGCAAGCGGAUGCCUGUUAAGCCCCACCCACGGAGGCUAACGCCAUGGGAGCUGUGCAACGGUUGGUUG